AACGAAACAAGGCUCCUGGUAAUCAUGUUCUGCAGAUGAUGAACAACGAGUACGAGGAAGUGCUAUGCUAGAAUCUUGUACAAUUCCUUCGGAUUCCAGCGUAUGCGAACCUUGAUGUCAACGGCCACUGCUACAGGACGGUUUAAUUACAUGGUACAAGAGAAGUUUUGUAGUUUUUGAAUGCUGACGCGGAUCGAUCACCUUUGGCGGCAAGCCUUUUGUCACGCCUACUACUUGUUUACAUGAUGAAGGAGUCAGACAAGAACUAGGAGAUCUACUUUUUUUGGUGAUCCUCAUUUUUUUCAUCGAGUACUCUGCACUUGUAGAUUGACCACCCUAUGAACAUCUUUCUUCAUUUCAUUCUUCACCUUUUCCCUAGGUAGCAGCUAUCUACUUCCUUGUUCAAAUAGAAGCCUUAGCUGGCGAAUUCUAAACCUACUAUCUAACACAAAUAGCUGCUACCUCCUACCUGCUACCAACCAAGCUACUAGAGCUACCAUCUACUUUCAAAUAGCCUUAGCCUAAUCGCCUAAGCUCAAACCCUUUGUUCCUCAACCUCGAAGCUAGCUACCUCCUACCUAGCUACCUCCUACCUAGCUACCUCCUACCUAGCUACCUCCUACCUAGCUACCUCCCUAGGAACCAAAAAAAUGGGAGUGAAGCAGAAAUUUUCGUCUAUGGACGUGGCCGCCAUGGUCACUGUCUUAAAGCAAAGAGUUCGUCGCAACCAAGUAGCCAACGUGUACGACUUGGCUGGCAGUAAGAGCUUUCUCCUGCGUCUGAAAAACCGAGAUAAGACGAGCAAAGGAAGUGGAACUGAGUUCGCGAACGUAAUUUUGGAACCAGCAGCAAGAUUUUAUGUUCAUCUUGGACAGUGUAUUUGGUUCCUCGAACGAGACUACUACUAAGUCACGAUGUUGACUUGCAUUCUCAUUCAUUGUACAACAAUUCCAAUUUUUACUUGUUCCCGCUACUUAGUAAAAUUACAGGAGUUACAUCAUGAAAAUAAAUGUACUAGAAGUAGAAGUACUCCACCUUGUGCUCGUUUUCUUCUUCCUCAUCCACCUUGUCCUUCUUCUAAGCAACCCAUUUGACCAAAUUUGACCGGGAGAAGAACUCAGUUCCUUCUAGCGCCACUAUGAAACUGCGCAAGCACUUGAGGAACCUCCGACUAGCAGACGUGGAACAAGUAGGCUUAGACCGAGUCGUUAUAUUUACCUUUGAAGGCGGAGGUGGAGGACCUGGAGGUGGAGGACCUGGAGGUGGAGGACAUGAAGAUGGAGGACCUGGAGGUGGAGGACAUGAAGAGGGAGACCAUGCACAUACACCUGGCAUAAGACUGCAUCUAGUUUUGGAACUGUACCACUACUUCAACGAUGUUGACAUUGUCUUGUUCUUGUUAUGAGUUAGACGAUCAUAACUAGAUCAUCUACUAGUGGUUUCCAAAGUAGAAGAACUUUGACUGAUCUAUUUACUCCAAAUGGCUUAUGAUAUUAAUAAUAGAUAAGAUGCAUCAACAUGUAGAAUUGUAGAAGCUUUCUUCAUAAAUACUUUUUUCAUCAGGUUCGUUCGCGGUUCUCUAGUUUUGCUGAACGACAAGAUGGAGGUGUUGUUUCGUUCUGUGACGUACGAAUAUGCGACGAAUCACGUACCGGUCGGUUCUGUCUAUAAGUUCGAGCAACCUGCUAUGCUGCACUUAGUAAAUCCGAAGAUUGCGAUACAACUACAGCCAGACGAAAUACAACUAAAAGACGUACUAGGCGCUACUAUCGGUAUAGAAGCAGCACCAAGCACAAGUAGAAGUAGUUGUUGUACGACUCCCUGUCCGGAGAAGCUUGCUGCUUUUUGCGCUAGUAUACUGGAAAAAGAAAGACGAGAGCAAGAAGACUCGACGACUUUGGGAGACGAAAAUGGAGCCGGAGAUGACGUUGGACUAGAAGCAGAUACAACUGCAGUAGUAGCUGGUGCUCAAAGAGGCAAUAAGAAGGUAGGAGCUUUCAACGCGACCGCUAAGAUGAAUAAGCGCAAUAUUAAACAGAAGAACAAGAAGGCUAGAAGUGGAGGCGUCAAAUUAGAGAACGUCUUGCUCCAGUGUCUCUAUUGCGUCCACCCCACCCUGGUUGCCUACGGCUUAAGAGAAGCUGGCUUCGAUCCUACGCGUGCCUUGAGGGAGGAGGCUCUACUUUAUCAUGCUUCUUCUAUUCAACAACAACAGCAGGGACAGGAAGAACAUAAUACAUCCGGUGUACUAUCUGAAGGUCCUCGUCAACCUGCACCUGGAGGUGAAGGUGAUCCCACUGACAGGAGCGCUGAGAACAAGAGCUUGUCUGUAUUGGGAGUAAAGUUGGCAAAGGCAAUCAACAUCUGCUUAGACACCAUGCGACUUGUUUGCAGAGGCAAUGCCGAAGGUUCUACCACUGCCACUGGAGGAGGAGGGCUUGCUACUGCACGAAGAAAAUUGUGUCGUUUGACACCUCCUGCGCGGUCUACGGUUCUAACUACAGCAGAAGGAGAAGAGCCUUUGAAAGGUUAUAUCCUAGUUAAGAAACAACAUCAACUCUUAUCUGGCUCAUCUACUACCUCUACUACAUCCGCGAACAAUAACAAGAUUACCAAGGAUGAAGAGAGCACUACUGAUCGGACGUUUGAGGACUUUUCGCCUCUCGAAUUUCUAUUGAAUCGUGGAGCAGCCACUGCGAAGGGACAAAAAGGACAAGAUUACCUCGAGUUCGAUGAUUUUUCCACAUGCGUGGACCAGUUUUUCAGCCAGCUGGAGAUUCAAAAGAUCCGAGAAGCGAAACAGCAGAAGACCACGAAAGUUCUUUCAAAAGUCGAGAGGAUUAAGCUGGACCACGAGGAACGGAUCUUAAGGGGGCUUAAAAUAAUUCAUUCUCAACCUGAGUUCUACUUCUAGGCUCUGAUAGAUUUUGUUCGUUUGAAGAAGAUAAAUUGAGUCCUUUCUUGGUCUUCCACGGUCUACCUCAUCAUUCUCAGCCCUGCUCCAUAGAUAGAAAUACAACUGGUCGUGGUCUUAAGUAGAAAGUUCUACUAGGUUCAUCUUAUCAUUUCCAACUGUUUGUUGAUUGAUUUUGUUUCUUCUGUUUGUUCCUUCAACGAUUGAUGAAUCGGAAGAUGAAAUUCUUGACUCGUCGUGGUCCUGAAGAAUAGACUCCUGCUGCUCUAAGGAUUCGAAAGAUGGAGUGCAUCCAGAAGGACGCUGAUCUGAAAGCUCUGUUGCUAGAAGAGAACUUGGAACUUGUCGAUGCAUGUAUCGCGAUGCUGAACGCCAGAGGAAGGAUUGAGUGGAAAGCCCUCUGGCAGGAAAUCAAGCUGCAACAGACUUUAGGCCAUCCCUUAGCACAGCAUAUACACUCGUUGCAAUUGGAGAAGAAUCAGUUUACGAUCAUGCUAGAGGAUAGCAUCACAAGUCUGAUGGACGACAAUGAAGGUAAUGGAGAAAAUGGUGAAGAUGGAUCCUCUUCAACAUCUGGGGAUGACGAGGAUUCUCUGUUCGACGAGCUUUUUAGCGAUACAGAGGAUGCAGGAGGAUCUGCUAGUUGUACUAGAAUAGCUAAGUCAACAGGAGCGUCAUCUUGUUCGACAACUACAGCAACUGCUUCUACUACUGGAGUUUCUUGUUCCAACCAAGUACAGGUGAAGAGCAACAAGAAGAACAAACGUGGAUCACGCGCUACCGUUACCCGACAGGACCUGCCGAUGGUUACCCUGACUAUCGACUUGAGCCUUUCCGCCUACGGGAACGUUUCGAAGCUGCACUCUCAGCGGAAGGCUACCAAAAGCAAGACCGAAAAAACGAUUCUCCAGUCCGACCGCGUAGUGAAGCAAGCGAAUAAGAAAGCCCAACAAGACGUGAAAAAGAUUGACCGCGACUAUAAAGUGCACAACUUACGCCAAGUGCGCCAACUCACCUGGUUCGAGUCGAAAUUCAGCUGGUUCUUUUCCUCGGAAGGGUUUCUCUGCGUGCAAGGAAGAGACGCGACGACGCAGGAUUUGCUUAUCAAGAGGUACAUGGACCCCGAUGAGGGGGAUGUUGUCGUUGGUAGCGAAAGCGAUGGCGCUCUACUUGUAGUAGUGAAAAUGAACAAGACCAAACUCCUUUCAUCUGUCUCUGUUCCAUCUACUUCCUCUAGUUCUUCAACAGCGCUUGAAAUCCCUCCGCUUACCCUGCAAGAAGCAGCUACCAUGUGUCUCUCUACAUCAGCCGCGUGGUCCAAAAAAGACGUCGUAGGCGCUUGGUGGGUUAAGGGAGAGCAAAUUGUGAUAGAAAGCUGGGAAAUCGAGGGCAAACGGCUGUUAUACUAUCCGGUUAGAGGAGAGAAGCACCUGUUGCCACCAUCCAGGCUAGAAAUGGGGUAUUGCUUACUUUUCUUAUGUUGGAGGUUGUCGGGAAUUCAUCUCCAAAGUUCUUGUCAUCUGGUGGAAGAAAAUGACAUGUUGAGGUGGAAAUAAUAAUGAGAAAGGGGCCACCUACCAGAUGAUCCCAGAGAUGAACAACUCCCUAAAUAGUACCUCAUCUAAUCUUCGAAGUCUCCCCAGAAUGCGGAAAGCGGCAUAUAGGCGAACGGAAAAUCCGUAGUGGAGAAUUGGCUGAACAGGGAAGUGCCCCUCCCGACGGAGAUGAAGUUGAGAAGAAUGUUCCUGGUGAACAAGGUGAUGAUGUUGAAGCUAAGGAUGAUGAAGAUGGGGACGACCAGGGUCGUGAUGAAACCAGCAGGGACGACGAAGAAGAUCGAGAAGAAGAUUCUAAUGUAGAUGAGGAGGAUGAGGAGGAUCUGUUGAAGGAUGAAGAUGCUAAGAAUUUCUCUUCUCGCUUAGAAACAGUGGCUGCUAAGGUGGAACAAGAAGAGGAAAGGUUAUUACCUCCUCACAAUUCUUCAUGUACUUCUAGUUCUACCUCUCCACCGUCGAGAAGACACUUGCAAACGGUGACGAUUUUAAGCGGCUUAGGUGAGGAAGACGAACGAGACAACCAUUUGAAUUAUAGCUUUGUCCCUGCAGAACGCAUCGUAGGCGAAGGACACAAGAAAAAAAUGACGAGGAAGGAAAGAGAAUUAGCAAAGAAAGGUCAAGAGCAACAGAGCAGUCCUGAAGAUGAACAAGUUCUUGUAGGGACGACAAGCCAGAUGAAAUUCGUGCUACAACAAGGAAGCCAAGCGGAAACCCAAGCACAAACUACAAUAUUAACAGAUGCUUCAUCUCCACCAUCUUCCGCUUCUUCUAGUAAAAUAAACAAGAAUGCCAAAAACAUUACAUCAUCAGCAGAUCACACGCAGCAGCCACAGCAGAUUCCGCGAGGUCAAAAGGCUAAAUUGAAGAAGCUAGCCAAAUAUGCUGACCAGGAUGAGGAGGAGAGAGCUCUAAGGAUGCAAUUGAUGGGUGCUAAAGACACAAAGUACGACUCUAGGAGUAAGAAAGCAGGAGGUAAUAUAAGAGAAGAUAACGACUACGACGAGAAAGUAGAUUCCAAGAAUUAUAGUACAACUAACUACACUAAGGGAAGUAAACAAGGUAAAGGAAGAGCAAACGAUGGAGGUGGCCCUGCUGCUGGUCGAGGAGCAGAUAAAGGAAUAAUAUCUUCGAAAGGGGGCAAAGGUCGUGGUGGUGAAGCUUCUAUUGCUAAUUCAGGCAAGAAGGGAAAACAAGGUACCUCAACCUCGUCCGCAUCAACACGCGAGCAAGACCGCAAUCAAGUCAUCAAAACACGAGAGCAGUUACUGCAAGAGCGGCAAGGGAUCCAGGAGAGCAUCAAAGCAGCGAAUUUACCUGAUUGGGACACUAAGUUUACAGGUCGCCCAUUCGGGAAUGAUGAGAUCGUGCGCGCAGUCCCUAUGUGCGCCCCCUUUUCGGCCGUCCGGAAUUGCUACUUCAAAGUCAAGUUGCUGCCGGGAACGGGAAUGAAAAAUUAAGUAAUAAUACUACAUUUAAGUGUCUUAUUUACAGAGUUCUUGUUCUCUGCUCAACUCUUCGUCUUUGUCUUGUAGGUCUUCUAGGGUCCUCGCAAAGAUUUCCUUUGUUGACAACGUUCGAUUAUAGCUCUACGUACUUCAUUGAAGCUUAUGAUGCAGCACUGUAGUAACUACAUCAAAUAUCAUAUAACCCAUUAUAGAUACGACGCAUACAUCAACCGCGCUUGAUGGAGUAAGUCAAAAAAAAGAUCUUGGAUCUUCUUCUUUUUUGCUUCUAAAUUACGGGUCGUGUAAACCAGCUUGCGCAAGGACUCUUCUUUGGAGAGCAGAAUACUGUAGAAGUCUGCCAGUUGCUGAAUCGUGGAGAAGUAGAUGAACAGAGGGAGGUGAAUCUUAUGAAGAGAUAUUUUCAUCAUCAUCUUGACUUUGACUUAGUUACUUUUGACUACUAGGAGUGUAACAUCAAUAUUAUUUUGAUCAAACGACCCUGUAUGUUCCCCCUAUUUUUUUCUGAAAGUACAAACAUGAUGGGAGGAUCAUUGCUGCUCAGGUAUACUACCUCUAGGCGUAGAAUUGCCCACUUCAAGCACUGUUCUCUCCGCUUCAAAGCUUAUUUUGAUCAAGAACUACAUCGAAACUCGACGACUAGGAGGACCUGCUGAAGAUGAAGUAGAGUGGUUCGAUUUGUAAUCAUACUUCUAGCUCUAGUACCUUCUAUCAUUUAAUUAAGUCUCAAAAUAUUUCAUUUCUAGGAGUCAUUUUUCUUACAGUUUCGUUCUUAGGAAGCUGAGAAUAUGAGCCCAAGAAAUGAACUGUUUUGAGCUCUAAUUUAACUACCGUCGUUCGCGAUCGCGUUCUCUACAUGAUAUACUUGACGUCGAAACUACUGCGACAAUCGAUCAAAUCUGAAGACUGCAACAAGCACAAUCAUCCGUCAUUCUAUCCUAUCCUAUCUGAUUCCUCUCUAAUCCAAAUCGAACAACGACCUUGGAAAAAUGGCGGCAAUAUAUGAACGCUAUCCCUGACAUGGAGGUGAUGAAUGUCCUCAUCUCCAACGCUCAGAUUCAAGCAGCGAAUCUGCAGAAAAUACAAAAGCAAAUGAAGAAAGAGAAACAGACCAAAGCAAAAGAAGGAGGGGGACAACAACCAGGAGGUGGGAAGAGUAAAAAGAAAUAAUUAAGAGGGGGACAACAACCAGGAGGUGGGAAGAGCAAAAAGAAAUAAUUAACAACUCAUGACCCCCUGUGAUGUCUUUCGGGGGCGACUGUUUCACAGAUGAAGGUGGUCCCGUCGUAGAUCAGCUCUGGGCGGCACUAUCUAAACGUCGUGGACGGGUUUUAUGUGAGCUGAAUUGCCGAACCCGAACCGCGAACAUGAAUGAAGGAAUGAAUGUUCGCAUAUUUUUCAUGAUACACUUAGAAUUUAGAGUCCCUUCGCCUUGCAUAUCCAUAACCACUUGCUACUUCUAAUACCACCCAUGAUACUAAUCAGUUUGUUCCUUUCUUACGUGCAGUGCAGUGCAGUAGCUGUGUCGUGUGCGUCUCCACUCCUGACAUUGUCUCAUGAGACAGUUUUCCGCAUUUGCAGUAUCUAAGGAUCCAUCAACAUCUUUCUCGAUGUUGACAGAUUAUACGGUUUGUAUUCAUCUUUCCGCAAGAACAUCAUGAUCCUCGAGGACCUCAAGAACUUGUCCCCUUUUCACUCCCGAAUAAAGUGGCUCGACGUGUGCACACCCUCUAGUUGUACUUACACAACAUACAACAUCAUUUAAUUGUGGUCACUGUGGGCGCUCGAAUAGCAGGCUCUACUUCUG